GGCCAAGUGUAUUGGACUAUUACUCAUUUCUUUCCGGCUCUAAUUCCUGUGCGUUACACUGUCCUGAAUGAUGGUUUUAUUGGGACAGAGAAGCAGCAGUUGUAGUGCCGACGGUUCUAAAACUUGCUUGGCAAGCAUUGGUGCUGUGCAGAUCGCGUUGCAGGAUUCGGAGGAAACGGGGAUCAGCUGGCUCCAUGAGAAGCCGGGGUGGAUUAGCUAGCUGCCUUCAGUUGGAUGAUUUGGAAGUGUUGGUCGAUGAUCCAGCUGUGCAAUGGGUGGAUUAAGGUGGAUGAGUGCAUGGGUUUGACCUCAUUAUUAUUCCGAGACGAGGUUGUUUAGUAAUUUCUGAUGUCGACAAUGACAAUGAGGACAAGAGGGUGGUCAUCAUGGUGGAGCUCCAAGAUGACUAUGGUCGGGUGGGUGUUGUUUUUGUCGCAGCUCACGUUGCAACUCGUUGAGGCGCGUAGCGAUUGUGGUCCUCUGGAGUUUUUCGUUCCGCGGGUUUGGAAAGGGGUGGGUGUCACUGAUGUUGUGAAAGUGACGUACAGCAAUGGCUUGUUUGGAGGUAACCUAACUGAAGCGUCUGCAAUCAUGGGCGAAUUUUUGCAAUGCUGUGGGUGGGCUUCGCCUAAGUCAGCGAUUUUGAGUGUCGAGGAUUUUGAAGAUGGAACGCGGCGGACUCACUCUUUGAGCUGCAGUAUUCUGCCUUCCCAUUCGACCCUGGACGGCAACGACUCCGGCGACACGCCGUCAUUACUGGAUUUUUGUCUGCGUUUCAAUUCCUCGGUCAGUAGUAGCUUCGUCGUGGCCAAUUCCGAACGAAGUGACGUGAAAGACCUCGGAUGUGAGUUGAAAGCGGAUGCUGUGAUUUCUCUUUUUUUGUACCUUAAAUGGUAUUGGCUCAGCCCGAGUAGGCCAUCGUUUUUGGCCUCUGUGCAAAGUCGGGGAGAAUGUUUAAGUGUUUCUUGUAAUCUUUCAAUCAGCACAAGAUCUUGGCUGAGUGAAUCGGUAGCUUUGAGAGGGGGUUUUUUCUCAGGGUGUUUAGGAACGGUGAAGUGGUUUGGCGCCUUGUCAAGUAAGGGGCCUGCGCUACUGUCACAGGAAUAUGAAGCCGCUCUUACUCCACACAAGGAAUCGAAUCGGUCGUUUGAGCAUUUCGGCAUGCGUCCUCCCGAAGAAAAAUCCAUCACGAAGAUGUUCGAUUUAUCACUGUCUGCCUUGAGCCCAAUGUCGACCAUCCAGCCACUUGGAUCAGGCUUGAAUCAAUUGGGGCGUCGAUCAUUACAGGCUAGGGUUGUCAGAGGAGGCGAUUCACGUUUUCAAUGGAGUGUAUACGUGACAGGGACACUUGUCACCUUGGCUGGAAUCUCGAUGCUAGCAAUGUUAUGUGCGGGUAAAAAAGAAGAUGAAUCUCCGACCGAAUUCUUAGACACACUUCCUAUUCUUCCUCCUCGCUUUUCGUACUCCAAGUUACAGAAAGCCACAAAGAAUUUCUCUCAAAAGCUAGGAGAUGGCGCGUUUGGAUCCGUCUACGAGGGAACAUUGCCCAACGGUACCCGCGUGGCUGUGAAGAUGCUCGAGAAAACAUCUGUGCAAGGGGAGAAGCAAUUCAGAGCCGAGGUUUCGUCCAUGGGCGCCAUCCGACACCUUAAUCUUGUUAGGUUGCAUGGAUUUUGCUCCGAAGGUUCCCAUCGCCUGCUCGUGUACGAGUUCAUGCCUAACGGUAGCUUGGAUAGCUGGCUCUUUUGCAAGAAGCAAGGUGAGAAACUUCUGGAUUGGGAACAACGCCUCAGCAUUGCUGCGGGCACCGCUAGAGCUUUGGCAUACUUGCAUGAAGAGUGCAGCGACCAUAUCAUUCACUUGGAUGUCAAGCCCGAGAACAUUCUGCUCGAUCAUCAGUUCUGCCCCAAGUUGUCAGAUUUCGGACUCGCGAAGUUGAUGGACAGAGAGCAAAGCAGGGUGGUGACAAGCAUGCGUGGUACACCUGGAUACCUAGCUCCGGAAUGGUUGCUCCCUCACGCUGCUGUGACUGCCAAGACGGACGUCUAUAGCUUUGGAAUGGUGCUUCUGGAGCUCUUAAGUGGUCGCGAGAACACGAAUUUCUCCCUCGGCAAAGAGCAGUGGUACUUUCCAGCUUGGGCUUUUAAGCUCAUGAGCGAAGGUCGCACAAUGGAGCUUCUCGACAAGCGGCUGCACGUUGAGGAGGUGGAGUACUUCCACAAACAAGACGCUGUGCGAGCUAUUCAUGUUGCCCUGCUGUGCAUACAGGACGAUCCCGAAUCACGUCCCGCCAUGAGCCGUGUUGUGCACAUGUUGCAAGGCCAUGUGGAACCGGAGCCUUUAAAUGCCCGUCAAGCGGCUAUUCAACCGCCGCGUCGUCUAGUGACAGCCUUCGCAGCUAGUGUGUGCGACAAUGAGUCCGAAAACGGGAACACCGACAAGAACGACAAGGUUGACAGUCGGAAAAACUCAAUGUCGAACGAUCAUCUGCUCAAACACGACGUUCUCAGCGAUCUGCAAGCAGACAUGCGCAACGAUCACUACGCACAACGAAAUGACAUGAAUUUGCAGAUUCAUCGACCCGCGGUGCCUGCUGCCUUCCAGUCACGUUUACCAGCUGUAUCAGAAUCUCCUAGGGCCUCCAUUAAGGAAGCUCCUCCUAGGCUUUCACCGAGGAUGCUUUCACAGUUGCCAACGCAUAUGCCACCGCAGCAAAGCUUGGAAGACUGGGAAGAGGACAAGGAUGCCUUAAUGCUCGAGUCAGAGCUCCCAUCAACAACGCAGCAGGCAAGCCAGUACCGGAGUAGCAAAGGGAACAGGGUGGCUGGAGCGCACACACUCGGCUCGAAUCCCAAGUGCAUUCCACCGUGGCCCGUGAAGGGAGACGUGAUCCUCCUGCGGGGGCCACAAGGGGACUUCCACGGCGUAGUCAGGGACGUAAGGGCGCAGACUAAGAUGAUGCGGUUGGGAAUCCUGCACCGGCUCAGCUCGGAGACUAGAUGGAGCGUUCGGGAGGAAGAAUCCAACUGGAGGCAUUGGAAUGAAUCCAUCCGGACGCUUGACUUCUGGACGGUCUUUCGCUGGGCCACCAUCCCGGGACGUGGACUCGAGAAAUUCCCUGUAGAAUGGCAACAGGUGAAAUAGUAAACCUUUGUAGUUGUUUCUGAUCCAUCGUAGAGUUCGCAACCGGGUUUCAUGAAUUCUAAAUACUUUGCCACGAACCCUCCUCCCAAGCUCGAGACCUUAACAGUCCGCAGAACGGUUAACCUGACAAUCAACGCUAGUCUCUCUCAUCGUCCACUUGGGGCCAAUUCACCAGCAAAGGGCAAGACCUUCUCCGACGUAGCUCCAACUCAUGGAUCGGCAACCUCUACAAACACUGCAAGUUCUCCUGGUUCAUUCCAUCUGCCGCUGAACUGGAAGCGUGAAGCUGAUUUCAUAAGCAGGCGGACUUUAUCUAGAGUGUCUGAUUAGCGUCAUCCGGCGCUUGUAUCAUUAAGCCUGGUUUGGCGUCUUCUUGUUUUUUUCCAGUCUGGCCCUGUGGUUUCACCGAGUUGGGUAUUCUUGCACUGGCUGCAUUCUUGCUUAGAUCUACUACCCUUGGGCUUGAAUUAACUCAAGCAUUGUUCCUGUAGCAUAUUAAGGUUAAUCCUGCACUGUAGUUCAGGUAAGGGAAAGCGUUUCGAACCCUGCAGUUCAAACAAACACAUAUGAGUUGUCUUCCCCUUUCGAAGCACAAACGCUUGAAUAAAACUCUCUUCAUGUUCA